AUGGGUGCCCUUCGAAGAGUCAAGACCAAGCGUCGCACUAGAGACUACGACCAGAUCCUGGCCGACAUCGAUUCUCCUCGCCAUCUCUCGCAGUACAAGGAAACCAAGGAUGCAGAGGAUCUGCCAGGUCUAGGACAGCAUUAUUGCAUGGAAUGCUCCAAAUGGUUUGAGAGCGAGUACAACCUGAAGGCGCACACCAAGGGCAAGAACCACAAGCGCAGACUCCGCAUCCUGCGCGAAGAGCCUCACAGCCAAAAGAUCGCCGAAGCCGCCGUUGGAUUGGGUGUCGCAGACAAUGUCAAGCGAACGGAGGACGACAAUGUUGAAAUGAAAGACUGA